ACCUUCUCCAACUCGGGCUCCGGCUCGGCCAGUGUCCUCGUGUCUCCGGCCAUGUCGUUCUUCCGCCCGGCUACUUGACCGAUAUGAUGUAUUGCCGAAGUGUUUUGCGUUGGAAAUGGAAACGGGAGAGACGUGGGAGAGAAGGGAGAGCUCAAAGCAGGCAGGAGAGCGCGAGGAGCGCGUUGGUGAUUCCCAGAGUUCCCAGACGUCAUUUGUUCUCGGCCUGGACUCUGGCCUGGACCUUCCAAGAGUUCCAAGCAUCGCCCAUACACACGCAGGAGAGCUUAGAAGCCUCCAGCAAAGCCAACCUCAUAUCCGGAAAACAGUAUUGCCGUUCGCUGUAUGUACAUCAAUCAUGUCGAGACAUAGAAACAUCCGGAACCUUGAUCUCGACGACGAGUUGGAUGACGACUACGACGACGACGACGACUACUAUGACGAGGAUGAAUAUGAGGAACAUGGCUACGAUAACGACGAACACGGGGGUGACUUAACAGGAGGCGAGAAUACCGAAGCAUCGGCCAAACUCGUUGAUGAAGUCGCUGGAAUAGUAGGAAAGGAGUUCCCGAAAGAGCAAAUACAGGCUGCGUUGCGUCAAAAUCAGAACGACAGCGAGCGCGCUGUGAACUUCCUUCUUGAUCAGGGUUCGCGUAGCAAUCAUCUGGCAAAUCAGGAUCUCAGAGAGCAGAAGGGGCUCCGUCAUUGGCCGCUACUUCCACAAAAGCCAAGGGUGGGAGCGUCGUUCCGUUCUCGUUCGACACUCCAAGUCCUGAUGACAUAGUCGGAAUGGCCAGAAACAAGAGCAGUCAAGCAAAGCACAAUGUCGCGAAACAUAGCAAAGUGGCUGAAGUCAAACCGACGGCAUCAAAAAAGAAAGCAUCACAAGAAGAACCGAAAUACAUGGAUCAAUUGCAAAUGGAUAUGGAUGGACUUGGCAUCGCUGUCCAAGCAAGUAUCCCGAGAGCCAGCACGAUUGUCCAGGACAGCAAGAAAUCAGCAACAUCGUCCACGUCGUCAUUGACAGUUCCGCCACCUAUGGCAAAGACAGCGAGUACCGGAAGUAUUGGCAAAGGCAGCCC